AUGCCUCCUCCCAUCCUCCUCUGCUUCCUCCUCCUCCUCACCGCCGCCCCCGCCUCCGCCACGCCGGAGCGGGACGCGUACACGCUGUCGAGGCUGAAGGCGUCCCUCGUCCCGUCCACCUCCACCAACUCCACCUCCGCCGCCGCCGCGCUGUCCGACUGGGACCCGGCCGCGACCCCGCCGGCGCACUGCGCCUUCACGGGCGUGACCUGCGACGCCGCCACGUCGCGCGUCGUCGCGAUCAACCUCACGGCCGUGCCGCUCCACAGCGGCGCGCUCCCGCCCGAGGUCGCGCUGCUCGACGCGCUCGCCAGCCUCACCGUCGCCGCCUGCUCCCUCCACGGCCGCGUCCCGCCGGCGCUCGCGUCCAUGCCCGCGCUCCGCCACCUCAACCUCUCCAACAACAACCUCAGCGGCCCCUUCCCGUCUCCGCCCUCCGCCUCGACCUCCCUACCGUACUUCCCGGCGCUUGAGCUCGUCGACGUCUACAACAACAACCUGUCCGGCCCGCUCCCGCCGCUGGGCGCGCCGCACGCGCGCACCCUCCGCUACCUCCACCUCGGCGGGAACUACUUCAACGGCGCCAUCCCGGACACCUUCGGCGACCUCGCCGCGCUCGAGUACCUGGGGCUCAACGGCAACGCGCUGUCGGGCCGGGUCCCACCGUCGCUGUCCCGCCUCACCCGCCUCCGGGAGAUGUACGUCGGCCACUACAACCAGUACAGCGGUGGGGUGCCACCGGAGUUCAGCGCGCUCCAGUCGCUCGUCCGCCUCGACAUGAGCAGCUGCACGCUCAGGGGGCCCAUCCCGCCGGAGCUCGCGCGCCUGUCCCGCCUCGACACGCUCUUCCUCGCCAUGAACCAGCUCACGGGGGUGAUACCGCCGGAGCUCGGCGCGCUCAACAGCCUCCAGUCGCUCGACCUCUCCAUCAACGACCUGAGCGGCGAGAUACCCGCCAGCUUCGCCGGCCUCACUAACCUCACGCUGUUCAACCUCUUCCGUAACCACCUCCACGGCGAGAUACCGGACUUCGUCGGCGAGUUCCCGUUCCUCGAGGUGCUGCAGGUGUGGGACAACAACCUCACCGGCAGCCUCCCGCCCGCGCUCGGCAGGAACGGACGACUCAAGACGUUGGACGUCACCGGGAACCACCUCACGGGAACCAUACCGCCGGACCUCUGCGCCGGACAGAACCUGCAGCUGCUCGUGCUCAUGGACAAUGCCUUCUUCGGCAGCAUUCCGGACUCGCUCGGCGACUGCAAGACGCUCACGCGCGUCCGCCUCGGCAAGAACUUGCUGACCGGCCCUGUCCCGCCCGGGCUCUUCGACCUUCCCCAAGCGAACAUGCUCGAGCUAACCGACAACAUGCUCACCGGCGAGCUGCCUGACGUGAUCGCCGGCGACAAGAUCGGCAUGCUCAUGCUGGGGAACAAUGGGAUUGGCGGCCGCAUCCCCGCCGCCAUCGGCAACCUCCCCGCGCUGCAGACGCUGUCCCUGGAGUCGAACAACUUGGGGCCCCUACCGCCGGAGAUCGGCAGGCUGCGGAACCUCACCAGGCUCAACGCCAGCGGCAACGCGCUCACGGGCGGCAUCCCGAGGGAGCUCAUGGGCUGCGGCUCCCUCGGCGCCAUCGACCUCAGCCGGAACGACCUCACCGGCGAGAUACCGGACACCGUUACGUCGCUCAAGAUCCUGUGCACGCUCAACGUGUCGAGGAACAGGUUAUCCGGCGAGCUGCCGCCGGCGAUGUCCAACAUGACGAGCCUCACGACGCUGGACGUGUCCUACAACCAGCUGUGGGGCCCCGUGCCGAUGCAGGGCCAGUUCCUGGUGUUCAACGAGAGCUCGUUCGUCGGCAACCCGGGGCUGUGCGGCGCGCCCUUCGCCGGCGGCCCGUGCUCGCCAUCGGCCGGCGGCGCGCGUUCGCCGUUCUCGCUGCGUCGGUGGAACACGAAAAAGCUGCUGGUAUGGCUGGUCGUGCUCCUCACCCUCCUGAUCCUGGCGGUCCUGGGCGCGCGGAAGGCGAGCGAGGCGUGGCACGACGUGGUGGAGUGCCUGAAGGAGGACAACAUCAUCGGCAAGGGCGGCGCCGGGAUCGUGUACCACGGCGUGACCCGCGGCGGCGCCGAGCUGGCCAUCAAGCGGCUCGUGGGGCGAGAGUACGCGUACACCCUGCGCGUGGACGAGAAGAGCGACGUGUACAGCUUCGGCGUGGUGCUGCUGGAGCUCAUCACGGGUCGCCGCCCCGUCGGCAGCUUCGGCGACGGCGUGGACAUCGUGCACUGGGUGCGCAAGGUGACCGCAGAGCUCCCGGACACAGCCGAGCCCGUCCUGGCGGUGGCCGACAGGCGCCUGGCGCCGGAGCCGGUGCCGCUGCUGGCGGACCUCUACAAGGUGGCCAUGGCGUGCGUGGAGGAGGCCAGCACGGCCCGGCCCACCAUGCGCGAGGUCGUCCACAUGCUCUCCACCUCCGCCGCGGCCCAGCCCGACAUCCUCCACGCCUUCUGA